UAAUGAUUUGAGUAAAGUAAAUGCCCUUUCCAUUGCCCAACAAAUUUCCCUAUUUUAAUGAUUUGAACGCUAACUCUUUUUCACGUCUCAAGAUAAUCUUCUUGGUUGGGAAAUUUUCUGUUGGAAUUUUGAAUGGCUCACGAGAAGUCCAAGAAACGGAAUUUCAUCGAAACUUCCUCUUCCGAGGAAUCAGAACCAUCACUGCGCGAGAGUGACGACGACGCUGUUGAGGAGAUCAGUUCUUCCACUUCUUGUAAUGAUGAUGAUGAUGAUGAUGAUGAAGACAACGAUGAUGGGAGUGAGUGGAAUGAUUCAGAAGACGACGAGGCUGUCGAUGAAGAUGAAGAAUGCAACUAUGGCUAUGUUGAUAAAGAUGAUGAAGAAGCCAUAUGCAAAAAAGUUAUUCAAUUUAUUCGAGGGGGGAGUGUCCUCCAAGAGCUAAAGCUGGUUGAAUGUAAAGCAUAUCUUCGAAAACAUAGUUUGAGAGUAUCAGGAAGUAUAGAAGAGUGUAUAGAAAGGAUCAAGGAGCACUGGAGGUUGAAAGAAGGGAAUGGUGAAGCAUUUUAUCCGAGAUCAUCAUUUACAAUUGACUGCACUGGCGAUGUCUGCAAGGGGGAUGUUGUUUUGUUCUACCAGAAAGUAUAUCAGAGUUGGAACAGAUUUGACAAAAUGACGAGGCGUGGAAGUCAUUUGGGGAGGAGGACUGUCGCUGGGAGGAUUGUAAAGGAAAGCUAUGGUGUUGCCAGACAACAGCAUACCUUCACGGUUAGACCAAUUUUAGGUUGAAGUGCUGUGGAGCAGAGGGACCAAGAAACUAGCUCCACUAUACCCUUUACUUGUGAAAGGUCGCAACCUCUAUAAAUUGAAGACAUUUAGACAGCGUUGGAAGAAUGAGAAAGAAAGACUGGAAGUACUUGCAGAGAAGCACAAAAGGGGAGCUGCAGCUAGAAAUAUCAGAGCCAUGAGGAAGGCAAAAGCCGUGAUGAAUACAGAUAAAUCCCUUACACACCAAGGUGCCAAAAAUAGCAAGCAUUUCCUUCAUUUAGGUCCAUCUGGAGCGAGAGAGACAACUCAGAUGAAGAAGAAUUGUGUAAAGGAAUAUGGAAAGGCGUCACCCAAAAAGAAGAAGCGGAGUCCUCUUCAAAAUUUUGCCCCUAUUCAAAAGUCAAAUUCAAGGAAAAAUAGCCAUUUGAAAGGCCCUGCAUCUCACAGGACAAGCCAAAACCUUACCCGAACCAACCAAGGUAGAGAACCCACAGUGUUGCUGUACAAUUAUCCUUCCCAACCCUUUAACCACUUUCAGUUAGAUGUUUUGCCAAGAGAAUUGCACCACUUCCCUUCUCAUAGAACUUCUGCAUCCACAGCUAGUUUGCCUUGUUCUCAUCCUCGUCCAAAUUCUGUUCUGAACCCUGUUCCAGAAUGCCAAGAAUUUUGGCAUAGCAGUUUUGUCGACCCCGCUUAUUCACAUUCUAAGCAUGUAUAUGAACCAAGGAAGUGUAACCGCUUCCCUAGAUUUAUGGACAGUCAUCCAUCAUAUUACGCGUCACCUACUGACAGACACAGAUGGAGAUAAUAUGGUAUGAACCUAUGCUACAAUCCCCUAUGUUUUACUUUGUAUACACCAACAUGUGGACCAUUUUGCUUUAGGGUUUUGGUUUAAAAUGUUGAAGUGAGAAAACAAAUGCCAGUUUUUGCUGCUCAUCCCCGUCAAUUGUUGCUCCACGUGUAUCGUAUCCUGUGAUGUAACUCAAAUCGGUAGCUGCUGAAUCUUGAUGCUGUGAUAAAAAAAAAAGGCCUCCAAAAGACACGA